UAUUAUUGUACUAUUUCACUUUUGAUUCACUGUCAGACGUUAAUAUUGUGUUAAUAAAGGAGGCAGAAAGAAGGUAAAUUUUAUGUAAAGUUUAAAGUUGUUAGAGUCAUCUAAGAUCAUAUACAUCAGUUAUUUAUCAAAAUUAUAUAGGAUACGAAUAUCAUGAAACAGCAAACAGUACGUGUCACAUAUUAUAUUUUAAUUUAUCUAACGAUAUUCGCAAUCGGAUCGUUGGGGAUAAGUUAUGCCAACCGAUUAGCUUUGGAUAGCAAUGACAUAUAUAAGAAAGACAUAAGACAGAAGAAAGAAUUAGCAUUGCAUAUAAAUACGACGGAGUAUUCAGAUAUGGAGGAGUAUAUCUUGGAAAUAGAUUGCGAGAGAUUCAAUGUAUCGUUCAAUUUUUCAAGUACAAUUAUAAAAGUGUUAGGAAAAGACUUCGUUAAUACUCCGUUCAUAACAUGUUUGAACUUUGAUGGUAAUCAAAUAGAAUCAGUCGAAUCUGGUGCUUUUGAUAAUUUACCAUCUUUAGAAUAUCUAAAUAUGGGAAGAAACUACAUUUCCUCUUUAUUUUCCUUUAACGGUCAUGAUAAUAUAAAAGUGUUGGUAUUGGCAGGUCAAUUGAUAUCUGAUUAUUAUGUAAACUUGGAAAUUAUCGGAGAAUAUCCCAAACUUCGUUAUUUAGAUUUAAGUAGUAAUAAAAUAUCAUCGAUCAGAUGGCCCGUAAGUUAUCAGAACUCGUAUAAUCAGUUUAAUCGAAAAUCAGCAUUUCCUAAAUUAAAGCAUUUAGAUUUAUCUCAUAAUAAUCUUGAACAAUUUUACAAUUACUAUGAUAAUUCUGUACUAUUCAGCCGAAACGUAACGUAUCUUAAUCUGAGUAAUAAUAAUUUGCGUAACGUCGAUCUACGUUAUUUUACGAAUUUGAUUGAAUUAAGAUUAGAUAAUAAUAACAUAAUGGGUAUCACUGAAUAUUGUUAUAAUGAAUAUUUAUGUAUAAGUGAAAUGCCAAGAUUAAAAUAUUUUUCUAUAUCCUAUAACAAAAUAGCCAGUUUAGAUCAGUCCACUUUUAAGAAUACACCUGAAUUAGUUACUUUGAAUCUUUCGAAUAACCAAUUAGAACGUAUUUUACCAGAAACCUUCUAUGGCUUAGAUUCAUUAGAAAACUUAUAUUUAGAUAAUAACGAAUUAUCUUCAAUUAAUAGUUUAAGUCGCUUGUCAAACUUAUCCGUUUUAUCUGUAUCUUAUAACAAUAUCCGGGAAAUAGGCUCUGAAGAUAUAAGCAAUGCUCGGAUUUUAAAAAAAUUGUAUUUAGAUCAUAAUAAAAUUGAAAAUAUUCAUGAAAGUACAUUUUCUGAAUUGGAAUCAUUAGAGGAACUAUAUUUAGAAAGUAAUAAUUUAGUUAAAUUACCGGUCGGAUGGGCUAACAAUUUAAGAAAUCUACGUUAUCUCAAUUUGUCGAAUAACAAAUUUAUAUUUUUGGAAUCUUUAUCGCUAAUCAAAUCUCUGCCAGUAAUAAGGAUAGACUUAAUGAACAAUAACUUCAUUCAUAUGAAAGCUGAAGGAUUGCGAAAUUUACCUGAAAAUGCGACCUUAUACUUGAUUUCACUAUCGGAAGACAAUGAAUUAUCUAAAGAGGAUUUAUAAAUAACUAAAAUAUAAAAUAAUUUAUAUUUCUGCGAGUUCAUAUUGUAUUCAUAAUGUGGCAAUCAAGUACGUUUAUUAUUCAUAUGGCUAUUAUUAGCAUGGGGUUCUUUCACGGUGUAUUUGCUACGACGAUAUCAAUUUAUUCGAAGAACUUCGAAGAAGAUCUUAGUUUGAACUUUGAAGAACCUAUGGACAAGUGCGAUAAUUCGGAUCAAGAAAUUGUAAAACUUGUUAAAAUGGGAAUAAACGUUUUGAGGGAAAACUUCAUUGAGAGCGCGAACGUGCGAUCUAUCAAUCUCGAAGACAACCCUAUCAUUGAUAUCUCUCCGGAUGCUUUCAAAGGUGUUCCAAAUUUGACCUGUCUCAAUCUUGGACAGAACACUGCAAUCAAUAUUUUCAACAAAUUUUUAAAUAAUUUUUACCAUCCUUCAUUAGUGAAACUAAACUUACAUCGAGCUUUAAAAAAAUAUAUUAUGUCCGAUUAUCAAAAUCUACGUUCAUAUCGUGACACUGCAAUACCGUCAGGAAGUUUCCUACCUCAUGUCACGCAUUUGGAUAUUAGCGAAAAUAAUUUAUAUUAUUUACCUGAGUAUCUUAAAUCUUCAUUUCCCCGUUUAACGCACCUUUAUUUGUCGGGUAAUAGAAUUAACAUAUUAAAGAAUAUUCCUGCGUCAACGCGAGUUAUAUAUCUUGAAAGAAAUCAAGAUACUAUUGUAAUGUCGUAUAUUCCAAAAAAUAUUUCUGCUUUAUUUCUUAAUGAGGAUACUAUAAGAGAUUAUAUUAGCGACUUUCAUAACCUUAAUGUAUUGUCUAUUCGUAACUGCAAGAGCUAUUAUUCAGAGACUUGCAGAAUUCAAAAUUGUGAAAAUCUUGUUGAUUUGGAUAUGUCAUCAAAUAAAAUUAAAUCUAUUUAUGAAGAGGACUUUAAAACAUUGAAAUCUUUACAACGGCUUUCUUUAGAUCAUAAUAUUCUUUCAUCCGUAUCUUUUUUGACCCAUUUGUCUUCUCUCACAGAUCUGUCCAUAGCAUAUAAUAAUUUAACCAAUAUUACGUCGGAUUAUUUUGCAAAUCUUCGAAAUUUGAAAACAUUAAAUUUGCGUGGAAAUCGUAUUUCGAUAAUUUCGAAAAAUGCUUUCUUGAAUUUGAAUAUGUUAAAAAAACUUGAUCUUGCGGAAAAUAAACUAACUACUCUUCCUGAUACAUGGAUGAAUACUUUGACAGGAUUGCGCUAUCUUAAUGUACAAUCGAAUUUCUUUACUAGCAUCGAAAACAUGUCAAUAUAUGGUUAUUCAAAUUUAAAUCACUUAUUUGUGCGCAACAACAGUUUUAUAUUGAUAGAAAUGAAGAGUUUAGAGAGAUUACCUUCAUCUGUUGUCAUUCAUGUAUCAUAGAUUUAUGAUUUUAUGUAUAUAAUAUAAAUGCUUUUUACUAUUUUUAAAAUUAUUAAUUAUUAUGAAUCGUAUAAUAUAUAUUUUUGUGAUUAUUUCUAAUAUAGUAUGUUUAAUAAAAUAUUAUCAAUUGCGAACAAUUUGUAUUGUGUUCGUUAAUCUUAUUUUCAUCAAUUUAAUUAUUAAUUCGAUCGAUUAAUUAACUUUAUUUGUAAUAAUAUCAGGAAUAAAGUAAAAUAAAC